GAGUGGCUAACCAAAGCCCAAAUACAAGGAUUUUUCUCCCGUUUGUCCUUCUCGAGAAGGAGAUGGGAAGGUCCGUCUCCGAGCACCGUGGUUGACAAUAAAUCUGACGAGGAAUUUACUGACGAGGAAGAAGUGAGUCACAUGACCACCGUCAACUCAGUUGUAACAGAAAUUGGCCUAACGCAUAACAUUUUCUGUUGUCUAUUUUUCUCUCGUGACAUAUCUGCUCUAAAAGAAAAGAGACUCUUUAUUAGAUUAAGGGUACUUAAGUACAUAUCACGUUGAAAAAUAUAGAUCCAUGUUUAAGUGCUUUUAAUUGCAGAUGGAAAUACGUACAAUGUUCUUUGGUUGAUAAUUAACAAUGUUUUUUGUAGAAGAUCAAAUCACCUGACAACGCAAUAAUUCGUGGAGGGGGACGGGGGGGCGGGAGCCCGGGAGAACAGGGGGCGGGAGAGGGCUGGAAGCGGGAGAACAGGGGCGGGAAGUGAGAUCUAUAUGAAGGCGUGAAGCGGGAGCAGAAAUAAAGAAGGCGAUAGUUUGUUGUUUACCAUUGGGUAUUAUUCAGUCAAAACACUUAUCUAGCAAAUUUUUGAAAUUUCCAUUCAGCAUCCACCAAUGCUUAACAGAAAAUUUUGGAAGCAAGAAAACGUAAAUUUGUACUCGGGCUGGAAAAACAGCAUUACUUCCUGUGAAUUUGGUAAUCCCUUUAAUUCAUAACGUCACAGGUCGUGAGAUAGCAUGACACAUGACAUACGUACACUUAUACUUCAGUGUUUGGUAAGCUGUCGAAAAUCUCCGGCAAAGAAAGCGAUUCAGGGUCAUCCAGGUCAAAACGUCAAAGACUAUAUUAACCGGCCUCAGUAUUUUUCGGUGUGGCAACGAAAACUCCGUUCAUGGAAGACCUUCUUGGGAGCUCGCUUCUUACGACUGCACAUCCCAAAUUACUGAAGAUUUUGCCUUAUGGUGUAAACUUGCUUCAAAGGAAUGCGGCUUCAAUGAACGCACCGGAGAGAGCGGAGCAUAAGAGAAGCAAACUCUAAACGUUACUCUUAACCAAGGCCUGAUAAUAAACAAGAAUGUUAAGUUUUGGCACAGUUUGAAAGUUAAACCCGGGUUUUUGACCCUCUUGAUUAACCUGAAGACGGAAGCAACACAAUGAAGGAAGGGAGGCAAAGGGGCACAAACCUACGGGAGGCGGGAGAACGUAGUGCGGGAAGCGGGAGACUCUAAACCGCCUGUCCUCCCCCCCCCUACUUAUUAAUGCGUACGAUUCACAAUUAUUAGCGGUCAGUUUUCCUCCCCUAUUUGAUUAAAAGUAAUAAAAGUAAACAAUGCAUGUCGGUUUUCAAUUCCUGAUGGAUACUACUGGGCUUCACUUUAACUGAGAAAUUUGUAAUCGCUUACCUCAGCUCUCUGUGUCCCAUGCUGAAAGAAACACAAGAAGAAAGUUGAUGAUGGUGAGUAUUGGCUGAGACAAGAAGAACUAGAGAAGAAUCUAUGGUCCCCAGAAAUGCCACUUUUAGACACGAGACAACUAAGGUAAAUUGAAUUAAGUGGUAUUUGUUUUAUUGAAAACUAUCGUUCAGAUUAUAAGAUACGCGAAUUACUCUUCCCACCGAUUUCUUCUUCACAUUCUGUUAAUCAAAAUUUUCAGUAAUUAUAACAGCUUUCUUGUUGAUCGUCUUAAUAGUUACAGUUUUCAGGAUCCAAGGGGAGCAAACUUAAAGAGAGAACAAUUUUCUGCGUAGUUAGGUAAGGCAACGUGCCGGCUUUAUUCUACUUCCGGCGUGAUAACGAUGAUGAUGACAACAAUGGGUAAAAAGCACCGUCCGCUAAUAAUGACGAUUAUCAAAGUUAUAAACAAACUUCAGUUAUAUAACGAUGAUGAUGACAACAAUGGGUGAAAAGCACCGUCCGCUAAUAAUGACGAUUAUCAAAGAUAUAAACAAACUUCAGUUAUAUAACGAUGAUGAUGACAACAAUGGGUAAAAAGCACCGUCCGCUAAUAAUGACGAUUUUCAAAGAUAUAAACAAACUUCAGUUAUAUAACGAUGAUGAUGACAACAAUGGGUAAAAAGCACCGUCCGCUAAUAAUGACGAGUAUCAAAGUUAUAAACAAAUUUCAGUUAUAUAACGAUGAUGAUGACCACAAUGGGUAAAAAGCACCGUCCGCUAAUAAUGACGAUUAUCAAAGUUAUAAACAAAUCUCAGUUGCAGCCCUGAAUCAAAUCACAGGGGGCUCUUUGAACCAUCCACUUCAUCUCGCCAGAAGUCAAAGUUGUCUCAAAGUUACGACGAAUUUUCAAUUCCGGUGUGUUGUGCGCGCGACUUCUGAUAGAAAAAACCUGCAAAGCGUCAUAACCGUCAGCUGAAAGAAUCAAAUUUCUAGCAAAAGUUGCGCGCGCAACACCCCGGAAGUGAAAAUACGUCGUAAAAUCGCACGUACCAGAAAUAAAACCUGCGGGAAAUAUUUCUAUUUUGUCCGGGGACCCAUCUUUUA